AUGCCAACCAACAAGCUUCCACCACCCAAGACUAUUCUAUCUGGCGUCGCACCUUUGGCUUCGUCCUCCUAUUCCUUUGCCUUCCUGAUACUCGUUCACUACCUACCAACUGUGCUCUGCGAUCCCGGCUCGUCUUAUGUGUCAAGAACAUCGUGCUUUGUCAAAGUUUCAGCUAAUCGAAAUAUUAGCCCCGGUGGCUCCCCUCCGACAAUCUACCAGGGGAAUCCUCAGUUGUCCCUAUUACUCUCUCCUCCCCCAACCUCACCAUUGAUACCGCUGGACACAAUGAAUUCCAGCCCUCUCCCUAGUCCUCUCCACCAAAACAGCCCGUCAUAUCCACUUGGUCCCCAAUUCACCAGCACGAAUGGAUCAUAUCCUGCCUAUAACCCCAGCCGAGGAGCACAGCUCAGGAGUGCUGCCGAUUGCGCGAAUCCAUACCGUGAUAGACUGGAACGAGCCGACGAUGCACGAGGGCAGGAACGGGCUCGCAGCAGGAGUCCUCGCCGCCCAAUCCAACUCGGGGAUCUAGAAGUACCAAAAGCUCAAUUUAUGAGAUUCAAUCAGUAUCCCCGGGAGAUGUAUGUCCCUCCUGGAAUUAAUGACCUGAUGCCUCCAAAUCUGCCUAGCUCCUCCCCGACACUAUCUCCAACCAACACCCAGCCUCGUAGUGGUCAUGCUCCAGACUAUAUAGGGGGCUCUCUUGCACAGACUUACCCUCCCAAUGACGGCAACGUGUAUGGAUACCCCCGCGACCAGCGACAACAAGUGCAGGGGUGUGACCCGGGAGCCGACGGACAGCCGGCAAACAAACAAGAAGAUACCAACAAAAGGGACGAGGAUCACUUAUGUGAAUUCGCUGCUCCAUGCCGAAUGCAUCCCUCACCCGAUGGAAUGCACUACCGGAAGGUUGUCUCGCACGUUUUCGGCAGGAACAAAGCCGUCACCAAGCUGUUCCCACUCGGCGUCUGGGUCCACUAUUGUCGAAAGCACUACCAGCGUGCCCGAUAUCGCGCAGACCAAUGGCCAUUUACGCAGUGUGACCUACUGUUAGAAUCACUGAACCGAAUGGAGAACUGGGAUGGAGUAGAGAGUUUCGAACUCAUCCUGCGCCGCCGAGAGCAAAUGCGUGUCGGACGUGAAACUGAAGGCGCGCCCAUCACCGAGACCUCCAAUCAGAACGAUACUACCCCCUCUGUCGGCCAGACCCAAGAUCAGGACAAUAAGUCCUCAGGUGUCGUUGCUCGCCCUCAAGGCCGCAAGCAUCCAACUGCUAUCAUCGCCCCCGUUCCGGAUUGGCUUCGCCAACACGUUGGUCACGGCAAGACAUUUCAAGAAAUCCGUCACAUUAUCGAACUGGUGCGUAACCACAUGGUGAGGCUGCGAAAUCAGGAAAGAGCGCAACAGCAGCUCAAUCAUAUUCCCAAGUCCCCGAGCGCACCAGGAAGCCCUCGUCGAGGUGCGCCUUCGACCGGCCGAAGGGGUCGUAUCACUAAACCCGCCCACCGUGACCCCCUACGCGUGCGUGCUAGCACAGUUCGUUUCCCCGAUGUUGAAAUCCUCCCCCAUUUCAAGCCUUGGGUUAAGGAGGCUGCUCUACGCCAGCGGUCUGCCACUAACUGUCCCAUGAACGAAACUGAUAUCAAAGGCUAUGAGGCGGAGCAGGGAAUUUCCGGAGGGGGACAUAUCAUUGGAGAAAUCCAGAGUACCCCUGACACCAAUUCUCGGGCUGAAUCGAGUCAGCCGGCAAACGGCGACUUUGCGAACAAUAAUACAACGCCCCACCAUGAUAGCCGCUCUGAGUCUAUUUCUACAAUUGAGAUGACUUGGGGCAAUCUCACGCAGAUGCAGCCUCAUAUCGGCAGGGCUGGGACUAACCGCGGCCAGUCUGAGAGCCAGCGGCGUCGCAGCGAACGGGUCUACAUCAAGGCCUUAGACCGUGUCCCUAGCAAGAAGCCCGACAAGGAUGGUGAGCCCGGCAAGGAAGGCGACAAGUAG